AUGGGAGCUGCCAAGGCUUAUGGGUUGCACACUCCAGAAUGGCAGCCCAAGCCAUAUCUGCAAAACUCCUUCUCAAAAAAAAAAAAGUCCAGACACUGGCUCAGUCUCCAGGACUCUUCCAGCGUGGCCGAGGACACCUCUUCACACAAGAUGGUAGAAACAAAUCAUAGGCGCAGCCGCACCAAAUUCACAGAAGAUCAGUUGAAAAUCCUCAUCAAUACCUUCAAUCAAAAGCCCUACCUAGGUUGUGCCACCAGACAAAAACUUGCUUUAGAAAUCAACACAGAAGAGUCCAGAAUCCAGAAUUGGUUUCAGAAUCGAAGAGCUAGGUUUGGAUUCCGGAAAAGACCAGGAUCUGAGACUUUAGAAUCAAGCCAGAGCCAUGGGCAAGACCAAUCUGAUACGGAGUUUCAAAGUAGAGAAGCCAGACGGUGUCGUGCCGUGUACGGCACCUUUCAGUUAUGCACUCUCAUUGAGGCAGUUACGAAAAACCCACACCCUGGGAUUCAUUACAGAGAACAGCUUGCUAAGGAAAUUGGUGUUCCAGAGUUAAGAGUCCAAAUUUGGUUCCAAAAUCGAAGAUCUAGAUUUCAUCUCCAGAGAAAAAGGGAACUUGUGUUCUUAGAACCAGAAGACCAGGGCAAGAUUUCUGAGGGACUGCAAGGUGCAGAAGAUACACAAAAUGGCACCAACUUCCCCAGCGACUCUCAUCCCUCUAGAGCCAGAGCAUGGUGAACACGGUCAAGGUUAGCGUACUUUAUAUUAUCAGUUGGGCCCCAAAUCUCUGCAGUCUUGGGGAAGACUGUUGCCCAGGUGCCAAGGCAAGAGACUGAAGGCACAAUCUGUCCCCAGUAUCAUAAAUAACUGAUCACUUAGUUAUAGCAAUGCUACCAGAUAGAUUUGGAAACAAUCACAUAAUCAAUUAUAUAAUCAAUCUUAUUAAAUCAUAAUUCUCUUUUAUUUAUUUAUUUUUUUUGAGAUGGAGGCUUGCUGUUGUUACCCAGACUGGAGUGCAAUGGCACAAUCUCAGCUCACCGCAACCUCCGCCUCCUGGGUUCAAGUGAUUCUCCUGCCUCAGCCUCCCGAGUAGCUGGGACUACAGGUGUGCACCACCAGGCCCUGCUAAUUUUCAUAUUUUUAGUACAGACAGUGUUUCACCAUGUUGACCGGGAUGGUCUCGAUCUCUUGACCUCGUGAUCCACCCGCCUCGGCCUCCCAAAGUGCUGGGAUUACAGGCAUGAGCCACCGCGCCCGGCCUUAUUUUUUUUUAUUUUUUAUUUUUUUAAAGAUGAGGUUUCACCAUAUUGGUCAGGCUGGUCUCCAACUUCUGACCUCAGGUGAUCUGCCCGCCUCAGCCUCCCAAAGUGCUGGGAUUACAGGUGUGAGCCACUGCAUCUGGCCCAUAAUUCUCUAUUAUUAAUCUUUGCUCUAGUUUUAUAGCAUAGAAUCAUUUUAGUCUUAUAGUAUAGACAUAAUCGGGUGAAAUAUAAUUAGCAACUGAAGGGACAUUUUGAGAAGUGAUCCUGAGGCGACAGUGAGAGCCUUGUGAUAAUGCCAGCACCUGGGAAGGCACCAUUACUUAGCAGUUAGGCCUUGUGCUAAGGGGCCACACACUGGGAAGGCGCCCUGUUACUUAGCAGGCCAUGAAGGGAAGUUUCCCUAUUACCGGGGGGAGCUCAGAGAACACUCUGCUCUGCCCGGCUCUUGAGAAAGGCCUGACAUUAGCCAGGCCUGCACAGACAUCCAGGGGCUUAAAUGCCUCUCUGUGGUGCUGUGCUCCAGUGGUCACCAUCCUUGUCCACUUUCACGUUCUGCUUUCCCACCCAGAGCUCCUUAGAAAUCGUGAGAAGUAAGAAUAGCAGAAUCCUAAAUGCCUUUGAUCUUUCUGAUAAGUGCAUAGAAAGAUGCUGAUGUUUGUGCCUCCCCUCCUUGCAGCGGCUGCCUGAGAGGGAGGGGCCCCUGUACUAUAAGCACGUGAUUUGCUUGACCCUAUCAAUCAUGUCAGAUGAGUCACUUUCCUUAUCCUGCCCCCCUGCCUUGUAUACAAUAAAUAUCAGCGCGUCCCAGCAUUCUGGGCCACUACUGGAAGAUGCAAGGAUUUUCCUCUAGAACCUCCUGAGGAGAAACCAGCCUGACAACACCUCGGUUUUAGGACUUCUGCAUUCCUGAACUAUAAGACAAUAAGUGUGUGUUUUAAGGCACAAAGUUUUUGGAGUAAGCAAGGAACUAAUAUACCUUUGCUUCAUUGCCAGUGUGUGGCCCACAGCAGGUGCUCAAUAAAUGUUUGUUGAAAAAGAAAAAAAAAAAAAAAAAAAGCAGAGGACCUAGGUUGGGGCUCUCAGUGCCCCUCUGAGUCCUUCCACGGUUUCUGCUAGGCUGUUCCUCUGUCCUGGGCUUCCUCCCUCUCCACAGGGACACGGGGAUGCUGGGAUUAAAGUCCUAGUACUACCCUCCACCAACAAGUGCAGGAGUUAGUGGUUAAACAACCUGCUCCCCACCUCGGCUCUCCCACCCCUUGGUGGGACAACCUGAGGCUGUAGGGCACAGCCCCUGAGAAUGUUGCCAGCAGGGUCGAGCCCCAGUGCCAACCAGGCUUGUGCUUCCGGGGAUCUUCUCCCAAAUAAACCCCUUCCAGAGAAAAUCUGCCCAACUUUGAAGGCCAGACUCUGAGGAUGUUUGCAGCACCGGGGCCUCCGGAAGGCAGCACUGCAUUCAGCCCCUUGGGAUGUUUCUGAGGCCUGGCUGUCUCUGCAUUGUGGUGCCUGGGGGGGUUGGGAGCUGUAAUCCCUCAGACCUCAGCCCAGCCUCCUCUGUUCUCAGGCCGGCCCAGCAGCCGGUGGGACUGUGGGAGGAAGAGGCCAACUGCUGAGGCCAGGCCGGCUUCUCUCCAUCUGGCCGGCAGCCUCCCCCUACUGCCCUAGGACAAGGGCCCCAGUGUCUGCUCAGCUCCUGGGCAAACAGCAGGCCUUUCUCUCCCUCUCCACUCUGGAGCCUCAGCUGUGACCCCUCCCUGCCCCCUUGGGAGGCACAGCCCUCCAUGCAUGACCUUUUCCUUCUCAAUGAUUCAGAAACAGGCUGACAAGCCCAGCAAGGGAGCAGGUCCUGUAUAGUGGGUGAACCCCCAUUUCAUCGUUCCCAGCUUUGGCCAGGCAGCCAGGGCAAGAAUUGGCUGGGAGGGCCUCAGUCCUGCCAAGAUGGGGUGGGGUGCGGCUGGAGGCCAGGCCCAGCCCAGGUGGACUUGACGUCAUGCGUUUCACCUCUGUCUCCCUCAGACAAAGCCUGCUUCUUCCUGCCUGGCCCUGCCCCUGGGGAAGUUUUCCACACCGCUCUCCUUUCCCAGCAGGAUUACAGGGCUGAUGCUCCCCCUCCCAACACACCUUUCUUGUUGGCAGGUGAGGUGCCAAGGCCUGGGCAUACUCACAGAAACCUGCCCCGCUUCCCUCUUGGUUCAGGGUCUACCUCGAGCAUCUGGAGAGAGAAAGAAUGGCCAGAGGCCACCCCCUCUCUUUGGGAGCUCCUGCCAAAAUGCCAACCUGGGCUUCAGGAUGGGGUGACUUCAGAGGGCAACUGGGAACUGUAAUUAACCUCCACUGCAAUCCCCACCACUCCCAACUCAGAUUCAGAACUCAGGGGGUUUGGCAGCUCAGCCUAGCCCCCCAGCUUCCUCCUAGCCAUCGGGUAUAACAGGCAAUCAAAAACAGAUUACUAAACAGGGAAGGGGACUUGGAGGCCUGAUUUGUGGAGAUCUUGUUAAAAGUUUGCCUUAUACAUGUCCUAUUCUUGGUCAUCCAUUUGAAACAAAAUUCCACCAUUAGAUGGUCAUUCCUUUAGUGCUUGCUCUCUCUCUCUCCUCUCUCUCUCUCUCUCUCCCCCCCCCCCCUCUCUCUCUCUCUCUCUCUGUCUAUUUUGAAAACAAUCCUCAGGUCUGGCUUGGCAUGGUGGCUCAUGCCUAUAAUCCCAUCACUUUGGGAGGCAGAGGUGGGUGGAUUGCUCAGGAGUUCGAGACCAGCCUGGGCAAAAUGGUGAAUCCCGUCUCUACUAAACUAUAAAAAAUUAGCUGGGUGUGGUGGUGUGCACCUGUAGUCCCAGCUACUUGGGAGGCUGAGGCAGGAGAAUGGCUUGAACUCGGGAGGCAGAAGUUGCAGUGAGCGCUGAGAUUGUGCCACUGCACUCCAGCCUGGGCAACAAGAGUGAAACUCCGUCUCAAAAAAAAAGAGAGAGAGAGGGUAAAAAGUGAUUCUUUUACCAGUUCCUGGCCCCCAGACCUCCCACCCAGAAGCCCCUAAAAUCACUGGCUUCCUGGGAAUCCUGAUCAGAGCUUCUUAUUCUCUCUGGGAGAGGAGCCUUGGAGGUGGAGCUGGUGGGUGCUGGGAGAUACCCAGCAAUUGAGGUUGGGGCCUGGGCCAGGCAGAUCGGUCAUGAGGGGGAUGAUGGUGACUCCUUCCUGGGCCUGAACUUGGCUCCAGCUUAACAGCGUUCCACUCAAGCCACUUGGAAGAGGUGCAGUCCAUCAGUUCUUCCCAGUUCCUUAGAGCGUCUCUGGGAGCUCUGUGCUCCCCACCCAGGGAACCCAGGCACCUGACACCCCAAGCUGUCGUUCUCACGGUCUCCUUGUGUAUGUAUCUCCUGAUGUAGUUUAUAUGCUUUCCCCACCUCUUUCUCCUUGACAGUUCAAUUCCAUGCAGAUUUAUUAGGCACAUACUGUUUUCUUUUUCUUUUAUUUUUUUGAGACGGAGUUUCCCUCUUGUCACCAGGCUGGAGUGCAAUGGCAUGAUCUCGGCUCACUGCAACUUCUGCCUCCUGGGUUCAAGUGAUUCUCCUGCCUCAGCCUCCUGAGUAGCUGGAUUACUGCUGCAUGGCACCACGCCCAGCUAAUUUUUGUAUUUUUAGUAGAGACAGGGGUUUCAUCAUGUUGGCCAGGCUGGCCUCAAACUCCUAACCUCAAGUGAUCCACCUGCCUCGGCCUCCCAAAGUGCUGGGAUUACAGGGGUGACCCACCUUGCCCCCCCAAGCACUUACUAUUUUCCUGACUUGACCUGGAGACACAAAGUGAAGGACACAGCUUCCUUCAUCCAGCUCACAGUUGGCUCAGGGAGGCCAGAAAAGACAGAGUGUUUCAAUCCAAGAUGGCCCAUGAUAUGUUCUUUGAUGGGGGGGAAUAAGGAAAUCUCAUGUUAAAAAUUCUGUGUUGGUUUAGGAUACAGUUCAGUGGGCACAUUCCUAUGUAGCUGGCAAGAGGGUAAAUUAGAAUAUCCAAGGCCGGGCUUGGUGGCUCACGCCUGUAAUCCCAGCACUUUAGGAGGCUGAGGUGGGCGGAUCACAAGCUCAGGAGAUGGAGACCAUCUAGGCUAACAUGGUGAAACCCUGUCUCUACUAAAAAUAAAAAAAAAAUUAGCUGGGCCUGGUGGCAAGCACCUGUAGUCCCAGGUGCUUGGGAGGCUGAGGUAGGAGAAUGGCUUGAAUCUGGGAAGUGAAGGUUGCAGUGAGCCAAGAUUGCACCACUACCCUCCAGCUUGGGCUAUAGAGUGAGACUGCAUCUCAAAAAAAAAUCCAAACUGGGGAGCCACGGUGGCUCCGGCCAGUUGUCCUGGUGCUCAAGGAGGUGAGGCUGUGAGUUCAAGGCCAACCUGAGCAACAUAACAAGCUCUCAUUGAUUGACCAAAAAAAAAAAAAAAUUUUUUUUUGCCAGGCGCGGUGGCUCAAGCCUGUAAUCCCAGCACUUUGGGAGGCCGAGCUGGGUGGAUCAUGAGGCAAAGAGAUCGAGACCAUCCUGGUCAACAUGGUGAAACCCCGUCUCUACUAAAGAUACAAAAAUUUAGCUGGGCAUGGUGGCAUGUGCCUGUAAUCCCAGCUACUCAGGAGGCUGAGGCAAGAGAAUUGCCUGAACCUGGGAGGUGGAGGUUGCGGUGAGCUGAGAUCGCGCCAUUGCACUCCAGCCUGGGUAACAAGAGCGAAACUCUGUCUCAAAAAAAAAAAAAAAAAAAAAAAAUCUAAAUUGGAGAAUAAUUUGGCAACUCCUAGGAAGUAAUCCAGCAAUGGUACUUUCUAAGUUUUUAUUCUAGAGCAGGGCUUCUCAAGCUUUUUGACAGGUAUCCUCAAUAAUAAAUAUAUUGUUACCCAUAACACACAUAUUACACAACAGACAACUUUCACCCUAUUAUUUACCCUGAUGAUGUGUUACAAAUAUUGAUACUUUCUAGUCAAUUUUGAGUUUUAAAAAUGCUGAUCUUGGCGGGGCGCGGGUGGCUCACGCCUUUAAUCCCAGCACUUUGAGAGGCCGAGGUGGGUGGAUCACAAGGUCAAGAGAUUGAGACCAUCCUGGUCAACAAGGUGAAACCCUGUCUCUACUAAAAACACAAAAAUUAGGUGGGCAUGGUGGUGCGCACCUGUAGUCCCAGCUACUCGGGAGGCUGAGGCAGGAGAAUUGCUUGAACCCAGGAGGCGGAGGUUGCGGUGAGCCGAGAUCAUGCCAUUGCAUGCCAGCCUGGGUAACAACAGUGAAACUCUGUCUCAAAAAAAAAAAAAAAAUGCUGAUCUUCACCCACUAAGUUGAUUUCCUAUCUCAUGAAUGGGCCUCAAUCCACAGUUUGAAGGACACUGCCCCUGAGACAUGCAUGCAUGUGCACAAGGAGACAAGAAUGUUUACUGAAACAUUGUUGCAAUAGCAAAACUUAGAUAAGUCUUUAUUCAAGACCUGUCACCAACAAAAUGGAUAAAGUAAUUGUGAUGUGGCCAGGAAGUAGACUAUCACACAGUAGCUGUGUAUCAAAGGAUGCACACAGGGUGAUAACAUUUAUACAAGAUAUAAGAUCCUGCAAAGUGACAUCAUGCAUUGUUUAUGGAUACAUUGAAAUGCCGUACAAACAUAAAAACCUACCUGAAAUGAAACCCACCCAAAUCAGGAUAGUGGCUGUCUCUGGAGGGAAAGAACUUAGUUGAAGAGUGCAUGAGGAGGGAGGAGCUUCAACUGAGUUUUUUGUUUGUUUGUUUUUUUAAGACAGGAUCUCACUCUGUCACCCUAGAGUAGAGUGCGGUAGCAUAAUCAAAGCUCAUUGCAGCCUUAACCUCCCUGGGCUCAGGUGAUUCUCCCACUUCAGUCUCCCAAGUAGCUGGGACUACAGGUGUUCUUUUUUUUUUUUUUUUGAGACAAGGUUUUUGCCAUGUUGCCCAAGCUGGUCUUGAACUCCUAGGCAAAAGUGAUCCUCCAGACUUGGCCUCCCAAAGUGCUGAGAUUAUAGAUGUGAGCCACAUUGCCUGGCCACAACUGAAAUUUUAAGUUUCAAUUAAUGAAUUAAUUUUGAGACAGAAUCUUGCUCUUGUUGCCCAGGCUGGAGUACAAUAGCACUGUCUCGGCUCACUGCAACCUCUGUCUCCCCAAUUCAAGCCAUUCCCUGCCUCAGCCUCGGGGGUAGCUGGGAUUACAGGCAUGCGCCAGUAUAGCUGGCUAAUUUUGUAUUUUUAGUAGAAACAGUGUUUCUCCAUGUUGGUCAGGCUGGUCUCAAACUCCCAAUUUCAGGUGAUCUGCCCACCUUAGCCUCCCAAAGUGCUGGGAUUACAGGCAUGAGCCACUGCCCCCGGCCCUUAUUUUUAUUUUUGACAUGGAGUCUUACUCUGUUGCCCAGGGCUGAGUGCAGUGGUGUGAUCUUGGCUCACUGCAACCUCCACUUUCUGGGUUCAAGUGAUUCUUUUGCCUCAGGCUCUCUAGUAGCUGGGACUACAGGCAAAUGUCAUUUCACCUGGCCAAUUUUUUUUUUUUUUUUUUUUUUGUCUCACUGAGUCUUGUUCUGUCACCCAGGCUGGAAUGCAGUGGCAUGAUCUUGACUCACUGUGACCUCUGCCUCCCAGGUUCAAGCAAUUCUCCUGCCUCUCAGCCUCCUGAGUAGCUUGGAUUACAGGCACGUGCCACCAUGCCCGGUUAAUUUUUGUAUGUUUAUUAGAGACGGGGUUUCACCAUGUUAGUUAGGCUGGUCUCGUACUCCUGACCUCAUGAUCUGUUCGCCUCGGUCUCCCAAAGUGCUGAGAUUACAGGCAUGAGCCAUUACACCCAGCCUGCCUGGCUAAUUUUUGUAUUUUUGGUAGAGAUGGGCUUUCACUAUGUUGGCUAGGCUGGCCUUGAACUCCUGACCUCAGGUGAUCUGUCUCCCUUGAUCUCCCAAAGUGCUGGGAUUACAGGCAUGAGCCACUGCACCCCACCUAAAUUUUAAUUCUUUAAAAAAAAAAAAAAGGAACCAAAUUUGGCAAAAUACAAAGAUUUGGCAAAGUUGGAGGAAAGGUACAGCACACUCACUGUAUUUUUAUCUAUUACUUCUUGAAAUGGUUCAUAAUAGUACUUAAAAGAUUGGUGCUCCAGUAACUUAGGGAAGAAGACUAUUCUGAUCUUGGGAAACUGAAAAGGGGAAGUGCUAGAGGGAGCCACAGGAGCCCAGGCACAGGUGUAUGAGUGGAUGAGGUCCCGGGUAAAUGAGAAGGGACAUACUCUCACUCCUGCCUGGGAUACUGUGCUGACGGCUCACUCCUCUCUCAGAUGUUGGUAUGGUACUUUACCCAUUUAACAGAUGAGGACACAGGCUGAGAGAAUGUCUUCUAGGAAGUGGCAGGGUGGGGACUCUAACCAGGCUGUAAGAGUCAGAGCCUGCGUUCUUUCUUGGUCAGUCCACAGCAUGGAUCCUCCUUGAGGAACGAUAGUGGUGUCUGCAGAGGGUGGGAGGACAGCAAGACUUGAGGGUCUGGUGUGCUGGGUUCAGGUCUGUAGACUGUUCUGUGGGCAGUGAGGAGGCAUAGGAAGGCUUCACGUAGGGAGGAGGGGAGUGAGCUCACUGCAGCUGUACCAUCUGUUUCUUUUUUUUUCUUUUAUUUCUUUCUUUAUUUUUUUGUUAAUCAAUGAGAGCUUCUUAUGUUGCUCAGGUUGGCCUUGAACUCAUAACCUCACCUCCUCAAGAGCCAGGACAACUGGCCAGAGCCACCGCGGCUCCCUAUUUCUUGCUUUCUUUCUUUUUUUUUUUUUUUUGAGAUGAAGUCUCACUCUGCCACCUAGGCUGGAGUGCAAUGGCAAGAUCUCAGCUCACUGCAAUGUCCACCUCCCAGGUUCAAGCGAUUCUCCUGCUUCAACCUCCCAAGUAACUGGGAUUAUAGGCAUGUGCCACCACGCCUGGCUAAUUUUGUAUUUUUAGUAGAGAUGGGGUUUUUCUACGUUGGCCAGGCUGGUCUCAAACUCCUGACCUCAGGUGAUCUGCCCAUCUCAGCCUCACCCCCAAAGUGCUGGGGUUACAGGCAUGAGCCACCGUGCCCUGCACCAUGUUUCUUUUUUCUUUUUUUUUUUUUUGAGACGAAGUCUUGCUCUGUUGGCCAGCUGGAAAGCCACCGUGCUCAGCCACCAUCUGUUUCUUAAACUUUGGUUUCUGUUGUUGUUUUUUAACCAAAUGAACUUUUCUUGAAACAAAUUCUAACUCAGAACCCAGGUAUAUAAAAGAGCUUACACUGGAGCUGAUUUGGUGAAGCAGGUGAUGGGGGCCCAGAGCACUCACCUCUGAGACCUCCUGGUUGGUGGAGAGACAGAGGUUCCAAGUACUCCUAGGCUGGGGAGGGGUGGGGAGAACCAAGGCCAUGUGCUUUAGUCCAGAGAGGCCAGAAGUGGAGUGACCUCCAUUCCCGGCUACCAUACCUCAUCUGAGUUAUGGAACCAUAUACGGAUGUCAGGAGAGGAGACAAGUUUUCAACUUGUCCCUCUUCCUUCUCCGUCUGGGGAGGGGAAAAAGGUAAUUGGGCUCAGGCUGACAGCUGGAUCAAAGCCUGAUGCCCAGCAGAGGCCUGACAUAACAGGCCUUCAAUACAUACUUAUGGAAUGAAUGCAUAUUUUUUCCUGCUAAGUUUUGGGGAAGAUACAGGAGGCCUGGCUUCUGGAGCAGGUGACACUGUUCCAGGGGCUGGCCCUUCUCAGUGAGGUUCCAGUGAUCCACCGUUGUGGCUCAGUUGGUGUGAGGUGGUAGGAGAACACCGGGCUGAAAAUCAGAGGCUUGGUUAGCUUCUGCCUGCAGUUGCCAGGAGCCUGCUGAGUGCUCUUGAUGGGUGGUGCUCCUUCUCUGGGUUUUGGUCAUCUCUUUUUGGCACAAUGGACUGGAUGAGGUUUUUCAAACUGCAGUUUGCAACCCAUUUGGAACAUUUAAAAAAAGCAAUUCAGUGGGUUACAAUCAGCAUUAAAGCAACAACAGCAACACAACUCAAAUAGAAUAGAAAAUAUCAGCCGGUAUCAAAGGUCAUAAGAGUAAGCAUUGUUUGGCGAAAAUAUUAUUUUGCUUAUAUAUAGAUGAAGGUGUGUACUGGUCUGCUGUGAAACUUGUUACUGUUUGCCCUGGUGAAAAACAAAACAAAACUGUAAAACACGGGACUCGGCGAUCCUGGAAGUGUCCUUCCCUCCCAGAUUCCUGGGGGUCCUCGAAAGAAAAAUAAAAAAGAGAACUGCCCCCCGACCCCGCCACUGCCUGGGGCUUUUCUCUUCCCAGGGUCCGCAGCUGUCUCUUUGCUCUUAGCUGUCUCCACCCCUCCCCUAGCCUCUCUUCUUCCUGCUUCAGUCACCGAGUCCCCUCCUCCCU